AUGGCCGCAGGAGGCCACUACUACUCACGUACUCUGCUAGGGACUAGCUAUUGCCAUGGAAGCGGGAAGCUUUGUAGACUACCUCCAGUAGACCAAAGGAGCGCCAUGAUUGCUGACUACAUAUACUGGCUGACAGGAGGCACUGAUCGGCUUACAAGCAAGCUCAUCAAACUGUAUUGGCAGGCUAUGAUUGAAGAAGCCAUCACUAGACACGUAUCUUUUUCAGUUAUGUACACACCACUUGUGACAGAAGACAAGGCUGAGACACUAAAUAACGUGUUUGCUAAAAAGCACCCUGAUUAUGUGGAGCACAUAUAUACAGAACCUCAUGGACGUCACAUCUUGCCACAGACGUCUGACUGGCCAUCUCAGCCUCCUCAGCAGUACUCACUGACUCUGGGUUUCAGAAGCAAACAUGUUGGAAAAAUCUUGGAAAGGUGGUCAAGGAGAAAACUGCCAAUCUUCUCAGAGCGGAGAUCACCAUACACUUCUUUGACAAAGGAAGAAGCAGAAAGAUCCUGGAAUAUCACUGGGAAAAGGAUCGUGCCAAUAAUGGAUUUUAUAAGAAGCACCAAAUUAACUGAUGAUCUCUGCCCGUGUUCACGUGGGAUAGAGAAGUUGCAUUACGCCAACCUCCUCGGCCGUUUGCAGAGAGUCGAGGAAAAAACCCAAGUGAUUAAUCAAGCAUUGGCUGAGCUAGCAGUUGUUCCCUACCUGCAGGACAUCAGUAAUAAGGAUGCCAAACAGCUGCAGUUGCUAAUGGCAGAUGCCGUGGACAUCCUUGACGGAAGAAGUGAAAGAAGACGUGUGUGGAAUAAAAUUCAGAGGAUUGGACUAAUUGAAGACUACUUACAAGAAAAAGGAGACAAUUACUUAAAGAACAAAAGGCGGCGAAUGGCUAGAGUGAAAAGAAUGAAGCAUAUUCGAAGUAUACAGCAACAGUAG